GCCCGAGCAUCGGAGCGCUGCAGUGGAUACUCGGAUGAGCGCUCGCACAGCAUAUGUGUGCCAAAUACAGGGCUGUAACAUAGUCCUGGUGAUUCUCGGGCUAGCGGCUGCAGGUCUCGCUGGAAGUCAGUUCUCAAAUGUUCGGAUUUAUAACUAUAGGAAUAUCGACCUCCGUCUGCUCAAUUGGAUCCAUGCCUUAACAGGGGCAGUCGGCAUUUACGCCGUUGCUACGAAUCAUGGAGCUGUUGCAGCUAAAACGCUCUAUUGUAUUUCCUUUGUAAUAGGAUUUGCUACAGCAGUAUUUUACGGUUUUACAACUUAUAGGAUAGUCGAGGACCAUAAUGCACUCACACAAUUCGAGACUAGCACACCAGCAUUUACAACCGGUCUGCCUUAUGGCAAUGACUACUUUCCAGAACGAAUCGUUAUCUCUGCUCUGAUGAUUGCAGACGGAGCCCUUGCAGCACUGGCUGCCCUUAUCUGUAUAUUUCUGAUCAAAAAACUAGUCACCCUUUCGGUUCCGAUCUAUCCAGUUCAACUGUCUGAUAGGCCACGUUCCUCCACUCAGACCUCCCACAAAGCACUCGGUUCCAUAGCCCUUAUUAAAUUUUUUCUGGGACUGGGUACACUUGGUCUUGCUGCAUUCGUCGAAUAUGAGCAUGAAAAGGUUAGUGGUGCUGACAAAUAUAUCAAGAUUGCAUUGGAACAUAUUGCGGCUAUGCUGGUUGUCAUGAGCAGUAUAAUGGAUUUCUUGGCCAGUAGAGGCAGAAGAACCGAGCAGAUUAAUUUGCUGGUUUCACUUGCGUUGGCCAUUGUAGCUGCUGUAUGGUGCAUUAAAACUGUCGAUCACAAUAUGAUGCCAUUUUACAAAAAUGAUCUGAAGUACUUCUAUCAGGAACGAGCUCAAGGGGUGAUGUCACUUACCUCAGAUCGCCGCAUUAUUGUUAUAGCACAUGGUGUUCUUAUUGGAUGUUUUGGAAUUCUUUUCUUUCUUUGUGCUCUAUCAUCUGUCAUUGUCGGAGCAUAUCUACGAAUGGAAUAUCUAACGAGUCUUCGAAUAGACAAGGGCACAGCAAUUCAAAACAGAUUGCUAUCGUUGCUACAUUUACUAUGGGGAGCCGCGUUGUUCGCACUCUGCGUUCUUGGCCUCAUUGAUGUACAAUGGAGAGGAGAGUUCUUGGGUGCAGAUCUACUAUGGACGUCGAUACUUUUCAUAACAACUGGACUACUGAGCAGUAACAGCUACAGGACACUUGUCAACACACGGCUCGCAAUGAACGUUGUCUGCUUGGGAAUAGCAGUGGAAAAGAUGUGUGCUUCCAUAAACCUAAUAUAUCAAUUUUCUUCCUAUGAGAUUUACGUGUUAGGGGAUAAUCGCACAUUCAUCGGACAAAUUGUGCUAAUCUCCGUUCAGACAUUCGUUUACGCAGCCGAGGCCUUAACAGCUCUCGCCUCGUCCUUCAUUUUUGGCAGAGAGGUGAAUCGAGAGCAGACCUUCACCAAUCAUAUUUCUAGUGAAUUUCCUGUGCUGCUUUCGGUGGGUACUCUGUUUUACGCUGUCGUCAUCACUGGCUGCUACGUUGUUUUCGAGCUGGGAAAAUGGAGAUACAAUGAGGUGCCCAUUGAUGUACCGUUCUUUCGACUUGGAAAUGGACCCCUCGCUCUCGCCGCUGUUAUCAUACAGCUGUGCUGCAUCUGCUAUCCACGUCUGAUCACAGUAUCUGUGAUUCUGCAGAUUAUAGUGGCAGCAUUGGCGCUAUUUACACUUUCUCCAGCUAUGACGAAUGUAUACUUUAUGCAAGAAAAAAUCAACACUGCUGGCAUGCUUGGCGCAACUAGUCAACAACGAACAAUCUACGAUGUUGCGCUGAUCUUAGCUGCUGGCGCUGCCUUAGCCUGCGUGCUGGCGACAUUGUGUGGAGUCCUCUACAGCUUACUGAAGUCUAGGUCGCCUUAUCUCCUGCACUAUCACUCAACAUCACCGGAUAGCACAGUGGUAGCCCCACUUGGAGAUGAAUCGUAUCCGAUAGGAACAUCUCGUUCAAGUCAUCGGAUCGACACCGUCAGUGGUCGAAGUCCGAUUCCUGUACAACAAAUGGAAGAGCAGACUGUUUAUUGGUCUGCUAGAGAGAAUCCUUUUUAUUAUCACACAUCAAAGCGAUUCUAUGGGCAGCCGUAUCAAGUGGAAUCAGGAUUUUACGGCUACACUCUAUCAAAUGCCGAAAGAGAACCGCCGAGAAUGUACCAGUCUAGCUCAUCACAAACACAACUUGCUCACGUAUUCACAGAUUCGUAUCGGCCAUAUGUUCGCGUUUAAUUCGGAAUAUCAAAAAACCCGGAGCUUUCAUCAUUGUACCAUAAAGAUUCGUUAGUGUGCA